AUGAGGUUUUCUUUCUUUCUUUCUUUCUUUCUUUCUUUCUCAUACGUUUUCCGCGCGAGUUUUUGUUCCUUCCUUGACUUCUUCACUUAUUUCCAUUCACUUUCUUUUUCUUACUUUACUUUUUUCUUUAUAAAUCUUUCUUUACUUCUUUUUCAUUUCUUUCUUAGUUUUUUUUUUAGUAUUUUCUGUAUUAGUAUUUUCUUUAUUUAUUUACAACUUGCUUGUAAGUUUUUUUUUUUUUUUCUUUCCUUCGUUCUUUCUUUCUUACUAUCUUUCUCUCUUGUCUUCUUUUUCUUUCUUAUUCACUUUUUCAUUUUUUUUUCUUUUUUCUUAUUGUGGCAUUUUUUCUCAUACAGUCAUGUUGUCAUUUUAAAGAACCAAGCUCGAAGCAAAUUCACUAAUCCAUUAAACAUUUCUGUCUUUCCUCCCUUCCUUCCUCCUUUCCUUCUUUCCUUUCUCUCUCCCUUCCUGCCUCUCUCCCUUCCUUCCUGCCUUCCUUCCUUCCUUCCUUUUUUCCUUCCUCUCUUCCUCCCACCCUUCCUUCAGUCCUUCCUUCAGUCCUUCCUUCCUAUCUUUUUCCCUCCCUUCCUUCCUUCCUUCCUUUUUUCCUUCCUCUCUUCCUCCCACCCUUCCUUCAGUCCUUCCUACAGUCCUUCCUUCCUAUCUUUUUCCCUUCCUUCCUCCCUCUCUUCCUUCCUUCCUUCCUUCCUAUCUUUCUCCCUUCCUUCCUUCCUUCCUUCCUCCCUUCCUUCCUUCCAUCCAUCCUUCCUUCUUAUCUUCUUUCCUCCCUUCCUUCUGCUCUUCCUUCCUUCCUUCCUUCCUUCCUUCCUUUCCUUUCUUCCUCCCUUCCUUCCUUGCUUGCUUUUCUCAAUGAAACCAAAUAUUGUUACAACACAUACGAUGAUCUAUCUAUCUAUCUAUCUAUCUAUCUAUCUAUCUAUCUAUCUAUCUAUCUAUCUAUCAUAG